CUGGUGAAAGGGAGAGAGAGCGAGAGAGAGAGAUAGAUAGAUAGAAAGAGAGAGAGAGAAAAAAAAGAGAGAGGGAGAAAGAGAGAGAGUUGUUUCUGGCAGCAACAGCCUGAGACACUCGAUAAAACUCCUGCUUCUGGCAGCCUACGUCCGCCAGUGAGGAAGGGACUAGGCGUGAGAGAGCGAGCGAGAGAGAGAGAGAGGGAAGAGAGGGAGGGAGGGCGAGUGAGAGGACGAGUGUGUGUGCGUGAGCGAGGGAGUGAGCGGGCGAAAGAGAGAGAGAGAGAGAGAGAGAGAGUGUGUGUGUCUGUGUAUGUAUGUGUAUAUGUGCGGCGAGCGUCCACAGGGCUCUCGCACGGAGGCAGAGGCUGCAUCUCUUUCUCAGACACAGGCUGUCGUCACGGGCGACGGGAGGUGUCUCUUGCACGGCGUCGCGUAGCGACGGGAGGCGGCAGCAUCAGCACCAGUACCAACAGUACCAUCAGGAGCAUCCUCAGGAGCCGCUACAUCAUCAGAAAGAACACAGAGCUUCCUCGAAAGGCGGGAGGGAUAUCGCCGGGUUUGAGGGAUAUCGCCUUUUGCUUUCUGCUUCCUCCUCCUCUUCUUCUUCCUCCUCUUCUUCCUCCUGGCAGCUUCCUUCCUUCCUUUUUCUCUCCUGUUUUCCUGCUGCUGAGGAGGAACCCGGCAGGUUCUGGACCGGGGUGGAGUGGACUGUGAGUAGCUGAACGGCAGGGCUGGUGGGUGCCAUGUGAAGAGCUCCAGUGUAGCCUGUGGCAGCCGGCGGCGUUAGCGUUAGCGCCAGCAUCAGCAGGCAGCAGCAGAAGAAGAGGAAGAAGCUGAAAGAGUGGACCUCUUGCUCUCCUUUCAUUCCCCCUGUGGGAAUGGCCAUGGAAUUUACCUUGGCCACUUCUGAAAAGGAAACCCACGCUCCCCUCCGGCAUUUUUUUCUGACCAGGGGAACCGUACGCUCGCCGACAGGAUUUCGUACGCUUUCAAAAAAGGGAAUUGAAUUGGAAUCAGUCUCUGGGCUACCUUUCUUAUCGUAUUUUUAUUUUUUUUAAAGCCUCAGUUCCAUCGCCAUGAGGAGGGACGCAACGGGAGAUUUUGGAUCAAGGACGUGCCAGUCACCCUGAAGAGCCGAGUGGGACUACACUCUUCGUUCUUGCAAAAAACAAAAAAUAAAUAAAUAAAAAAGUCGUCACACUCUUCCUUGGAAAACUCCUGCAGUGGGCUUCCUCAACCAACAUACCCCCAAUCCUUGGAGGCUUGGAAUAUCUCUGGGAUCUUUAGGAAUCUUCUGAAAUCUUCAGGAAUCUUGAGAAAUCUUCAGAAAUCUUCUGGAUUUUUCUAUGGAAUCGUCGCCCUUCUUUAAAAAAAAAUUGCAAAUUGAUUGAUCCCUGUCAAGAAUAGGGUGAGUGGCCAACGUUCAAUCCCGGUCUGGUCUGGAUCUUGUGUGGGCUGGUGAUCUUGCGUUUAAAGAGGUGGUGGACCAUUGUAUGGGAAGACGAACGCAGUGCCUCCUCUUUUCUUUGCUUUCCUUUUGUGUUUUUCCAUUAUCGUCGUCCUCUGCGGAAAGAAAAAGCUCAAUAGAAAUAUGAUGUUUGGGAACGUCCACACAUGCAAUAGGUUAAUCGAGUUCCACAGACUUUCACAGUAGUGCUUUACCCAUACCUGAUUUACCCAUACCUAUACCCAGGCACAAAACGACAAGAAAGCAGAAACGAAAAAGGCAUCAUGUAAUGGUUCACUUGGACUUUCACCUUGGUCGUACCUUUCCUUGAUUUUUUUCCUCGUUUUCUGGAUCCACGCCCUACUCUUUUUUUCCUUCUUUUUUGACUGGAUUUAAACUCGUGUGGUUUCGAUGAUUCCCGCACGUCCCCCGUCGCCCUCUUCUUCCUCCGGACGUCUCGCAGAGUCUCGCGGGAGGAGGCUUGCCCCCAGGCCCCACCACGUCUCCUGGCUGCCCGGGCGUUUUUAAGAUGUUGAAGCCUGCCCGAGCGGCCCGAGCCCGAGAUCGGAUCAGUAGCACUGCGGCUCCCUCCGGUGGCCCCAGACAUGGACCGCGGCUCGGCCUGCCCCCGUCCUCAGCCCUCCGCCCGCUGGCCCCUGCUCAGCCUGUGAAGGAUGUCCAAGAGCGGAGCUCCUGCCCGGGAACCCUCUGAGACCCCCAGCCAGAAAGAGCGCAUCCGCAGCCACAUGAAGAUGGUGAUCGAGCAGCUGGAAGGAAUUCUCAUCGAGCUCAAAGAUGUGGCCAAAGAGCUGCGGGAGGUGGUGGGUCAGAUCGACAAGCUCACGUCGGACUUCGACUUCGACCAGGAGCCGGACGAUUGGACGGUGGCGACGGCGAGCAGCACGUCCAGCAGCGAGCGAGGCCUGGGCGAGGCGUUCCGGCUGGACUUCCUCAGUCAGGACGUGCUGUCGGACAGCUGGGAGUUUUGCAGCUACCUGGAGGCGUCGGGACGGAAAACGCCCCGGGACGACGAGCUGGACGAUGACACGGGGAGGUCGGCCUCGGCCACGCCCACUCCGGCCACAGCCAGCGUCUAUUCCCAGAUGAACGGGGGUCUACCGAUCCCAAACGGACCUCUAAUCGUAACCCCGGAUUCGUCGAGCGAAGAAGCCUCCAGCUCCACCCACAGCCAGAAGACGUCCCGCACCUCGGGGACCAGAGAACGGGUUCGGUUCAGCGACAAGAUUCUGUACCACGCCCUGUGCUGCGACGACGACGAGGACGAGCCGGACGAGGAGGAAGAGGAGGUGGACCAGGACGAUAAGGGCGACUGCGGGACACUGGACACGGACAGCGAACAGAGCCCGCUGGCCUGCUCGCCCAUCCCACCGCUGUCUUCCUCGGAACACUCGCCCACGCUUCACAACUUCCGAGAAACUUCCUCCGCCGGACCGUCGCCCGUCAAGCUGGCGAUGCUCGGGCCGCACACCCUGCCGCGAAAGGGCCUCCUGAACCCGGGCUGCAGGAAAAAACUGCUACGCAACAGCAGCACGCAAACCGUGUCGGACAAGAGCACUCAGACAGUACUGCCGUACGUCCCCAACAAACAGAAAACCAACAAGGACCCCUGAGAGGAUAUACGCAAACUUUACGACAAAAAAAAACACAAACCCAACCCAGAGGAGGACAAAAAAAAGAGGAAAAAAAAGAACUAAGGAAGAAUAUUACAGUGACUGUACAUUAUUAUUUAAUAUUAAAUACAUAGAUACUAGAUUACAACACAAAUUAAUAAAUGAAUUACUAAAUAAAUAAAUUAUAUAUGGGGAAAAAAGUAUACAUUCAUACAUCA